ACCACUAUACCAGCGAGUCUCAACAUUUUUGCUCCCAAAAGGGACAUUCGGAAAUGCCUGGAGACGUGUGGUCGUCACAGCUGGGGGUGCCGCUGGCAUCUAGGGGCCAGAGGCCAGGGAUGCUCUUCAACCUCUGGUAGAGGCACCAGAGUUAUCUGCUGCCCAGUGUCAGAAGUCCCAAGGACGGAAAAACCUGCCGACAGAUCCUACUGCCCUCACUCCACCCUUCUCGGGCCCUCGCCCCAAAGUGUCCACCUCACACCUCUGGUUCCUGGACAAGAAGUCAACACCCUGCAGCGUUGGGCUCUUUGUUCUCUUAUCGCUUGCAGCUCCUGGCCACCACUGCUUCUACUGAAAAGUCAAUAUGAUGAAGAGCGCUUUGCGGCCGCCCUCACAGGGGAAAACACACAGAAACAAUUGAGGCCCGGAGCCCGGGGUUCGUCGGGGAUGGAGGUCAUGCUUGUCCAGGGCAGGGAGGCGGGGCCCGGGCUGCGUCCCCAGGGGUAUAAAGCAGGAAGGAGCGCUCGGGCCUUCACUCCACGGCGACGCACGACGUAGGGUCACUUCUCUGCUGCGGCCAGAUGGGCAUGGGCAUCAUGAAGUGGAUGGUGGUGACCUUGGUCUGCCUCCAACUCUUGGAGGCGUCAGUUAUCAAAGUCCCGCUGAAGAAAUUAAAGUCCAUCCGUCAGGCCAUGAAGGAGAAGGGCCUGCUGGAGGAGUUCCUCAAGACCCACAAGUACGACCCCGCCCAGAGGUACCGCUUCGGCGACUUCAGCGUGGCCUUGGAGCCCAUGGCCUACUUGGAAGCUGCCUACUUUGGCGAGAUCAGCAUCGGGACCCCACCACAGAACUUCCUGGUCCUUUUUGACACCGGCUCCUCCAACCUGUGGGUGCCCUCUGUCUACUGCAAGAGCCUGGCCUGCACCACCCAUGCCCGCUUCAACCCCAGCAAGUCCUCUACCUACUCCACCGACAGGCAGACCUUCUCCCUGCAGUACGGCAGCGGCAGCCUCACUGGCUUUUUCGGCUAUGACACCCUGAAGAUCCAGAGCAUCCAGGUCCCCGACCAGGAGUUCGGCCUGAGUGAGACAGAGCCAGGUAUCAGUUUCCUGUAUGCCCAGUUUGAUGGCAUCAUGGGCCUGGCCUACCCCGACCUGUCUGCGGGUGGGGCCACCACUGCCAUGCAGGGCCUCCUGCAGGAGGAUGCGCUCACAAGCCCAGUCUUCAGCUUCUACCUCAGCAACCAGCAGAGCUCUCAGGACGGGGGAGAACUCGUCUUGGGGGGUGUGGACAGCAGCCUGUACACUGGUCAGAUCUACUGGGCCCCCGUCACUCAGGAGCUGUACUGGCAGAUUGGCAUUGAGGAGUUCCUCAUUGGUGACGAGGCCUCUGGCUGGUGCUCUGAGGGCUGCCAGGCCAUUGUGGACACUGGCACGUCUCUGCUCACCGUGCCCCAGGACUACCUGAGUGACCUCGUGCAGGCCACGGGGGCCGAGGAGAACGAGUAUGGAGAGUUUCUCGUGGACUGUAAAGACAUCCAGAGCCUGCCCACCUUCACCUUCAUCAUCAAUGGUGUGCAGUUCCCUCUGCCACCCUCCGCCUACAUCCUCGAGGAGGACGGCUUCUGCAUGGUGGGGGUCGAGCCCACCUAUGUGUCCUCCCAGAAUGGCCAGCCCCUGUGGAUCCUCGGGGACGUCUUCCUCAGGUCCUACUAUUCUGUCUUCGACCUGGGCAACAACAGGGUGGGCUUCGCCACCGCUGCCUAGACUCAGCCCCUGGACACUUGGGUCCCCUUUUUCUUCUCGGCACCCCACCCUACGGGGGGUUCUCUCUGCACUUCCUUACUGCAUUCAGCCUUCCUUCUCUGGACUCUGGACUUGCUCUAACAAUAAAUCAUUCUU